UACAACAACAAGGAGGCUGGGGAAGGGGGGGAGUCACCAGCGAGAGGACUCUCUACUGCGGCUCAUCAGCACCACUCCCCCCUCCAAUUAGAARAAGAAGAAGAAAAAAAAAGAACACACAGAAAGCCGACAUGCAGUCGACUCAGAGCGGCUUCUCUUGGAGACUUCUCCUCUUCUCCUGCGUGCUUCUGGAGAGUUUAUCCCAGGACUUCGGCGGACAGACGCAGUUCAUUUGCACGUCCGUGCCCAAGGAUGUGGACAUCUGCGCAGCCACGCUGCAGAACAGCGUGCCGGGAGAGGACCUGAAGAGCACCGUUAUGCAGCUGCGGGAGACCGUGCUGCAGCAGAAGGAGACCAUCAUGAACCAGAAGGAGACCAUCAGAGAACUCACAUCCAAGUUGGCCCGGUGCGAGAGCCAGAGCGGCGCCGAGCCCGGGGCCAGGAGGAAAGAGACCGGGGCCAAGAACACCAUGGGGGACGUGUCGAGGGGCCCCGCGGACACUUUGACGCAGCUGUCUCAGACUUUACAGUCCCUGAAGCAGAGAUUAGAAAACCUGGAGCAAUUUAGCAGAAGCAACAACUCGGUGCAGGCGAACAGCCUGAAGGACUUGCUGCAGAGUAAAAUCGACGACUUGGAGAAGCAGGUUUUAUCCCGAGUCAACAGCAUCGAGGAGGGGAAGUCUGGACUCCGGAAUGAAACGGAACAGCGUGGCAGAAUGGAGUCCACCCUCACGUCCUUACACCAAAGGAUUGCAGAUCUGGAGAAAGGUCAAAGAGAAAACAGACCCCUUGAUAAAUUCCAGCUCACAUUUCCUUUGAGGACCAAUUACAUGUACGCAAAAGUGAAGAAGAGUUUGCCUGAAAUGUACGCCCUGACUGUGUGCAUGUGGCUGAAGUCCAACGCCUCCCCUGGUGUGGGAACACCUUUCUCCUACGCAGUUCCAGGUCAGGCCAACGAGCUCGUCCUGAUCGAGUGGGGCAACAACCCCAUGGAGAUCCUGAUAAAUGAUAAGGUUGCAAAGCUGCCGUUUUUAAUCAACGAUGGGAAAUGGCAUCAUAUCUGUGUGACCUGGACGACUCGCGAUGGCGUUUGGGAAGCUUUCCAGGAUGGUGUGAAACGAGGGAGCGGAGAAAAUCUGGCUCCUUAUCAUCCCAUCAAACCACAGGGCCUGCUCAUCCUCGGCCAGGAGCAGGAYACGUAUGGAGGUGGGUUCGAUGCCACACAAGCUUUCGUCGGAGACCUGGCCAAUUUCCACAUCUGGGAUCGGAAACUGUCCGUGGGAGAGAUUUACAACCUGGCAACCUGCAGCAGCAAAGCUCAAGUGGGCAACGUAUUUGCGUGGAUGGAGACGAGCCUCGACAUUUACGGAGGCGCCUCGAAGUGGACAUUCGAAGCCUGUCGCCAGCUGAACUGAGCCGCAGCGGAGAGAAAACACUCGCGAAUGGCCACUGCUUUGUGUGAACUGAUGCGAAGAGAUCACGGGGAAGACUUUUUUUCAGUGAAUAGCCGCUAUGAAAUAAAAUAUAUUUUGGACGACUUGAUAGAUUUUUACCAGAUUUUUGUGUGGGAGAGGUGCUCUUUGGCAUCCCGUGGUUCCUGCCAGGCGUUCGUGGGGUUAAACGAGACAAUUUGAAAAAGAAAAACGCGAGCGGUGCCACUUCUGAGAGAACARGUCGCUCUGUGAGAGCAAACGAACGGGCCGCCAUCAGACCCACAGUAGGAGGUCGUGUAGUUUUUAGGAAACAGAUGUCACACAAAUCAGCAAAUUGAAAGACUUGUUCAAGCUGUCUUUUCGGUCUCGACUGCCAGGGAUUUCCACUGUGAAAACAGGCGAGGUGGACUUCUUUUAAAGGUUUUUCUGAAGGUUAUAAAAUAGACACCAUCUCUGUCUCUCUUCUUUCUCUUCUACCACCUGCUUUAUGUGAUUUUGUGCAACGAGCAUUUCCUUAUUGCCAACGUUUGAGCCUGAGUGCCUUGGGCUGUUGCAAAACGAUCUCAGCACAUCCAUCCUCCUUUUUCAGAGUAUUUGUGCAUUCGUGUUUAUUUUCAUGUUAAAUCAAUUUCAGAAGAGGCGUUGCGGUGUCGACCGACGGUGGGUUUGUUAUUGUAAAAUGCAGUUCGUCAACGUGAGCGGCGCCUUCUGUCAGCCGCUCGGGUGGGAAUGUUCUCUGUACAGUAACGAGCAUGUCUUAACUUCUGUAAUGCUGCGUCAUCAUCUAUAACCUUUGCUUUUACUAUCCGACGUCAAAGUUCAGGUUUUAUACUGUAUUGUUAUACGCUUCAAGCAUGGCAACAGCGACAGAUGGGAAAGAAAAAAGUUCUAGUUUUUGUAAUAAAUUGUGAUACUUGAAUCAUA